AGCUCCGGUGUGUGGUCCAGGUCUCGAUCUUUCCCAGACUCCCAAAAAUCUUCUAACACGUCGGGAGUACGACGUUGGAUUUGUGAAUUCUUUCAUUUUCAAAAGUUUACAAGAUCAAAAAAAAAUUCGAAGGGGAAAGAGCAGAAGGGGGGAAAAGAAACCCAAAAAAAAAAAAAAAAAAAAAAAAAAAAAAAAAAGACUUCCCCAGAAAGAAAGAAGAGAAAGGAAGAAAGGAAGGGUGGAAGGGAGGGGAAAAAAUAUCACCCAGAGAAAAAAGAGGAGAAACUCAAGAGGAAGUGGAUUGUUCGUCAUUAAAAUCUUCGUUUUUCAAUUGAUCAUCAUCUUCCCCAACUCCCACCCCCCUCCCGGUCCCGGCCCCUUCUCUCCCUCUUAUCAUCACAUUCCUCAUCUAAUCCUACACAAUCCUCCCUUUUCUUUAUUAUUGUUUUGAUAUCAAAUCGAUUUGAUCAUUUCCCAUUCUUUCCGAUUAUCCUAUUUUUCUUUUUUGUUUUUGACUCGGUGGUCCUAAAAAAAAAGUGUUACAUAUAUAUAUAUAUAUAUAUAUUUUUUUUUGUUAUUGUUGUUGUUGUUGUUGUUGUUGCUGCUGUUGUCCUCUUCCAUUGAUCAGAACUACAAAGUUGUAUAGAAGAGAUAAAUACCUAAGGGGUUGACAAAAAGAAGUUGUUAAGAUGCCAGGUGCCGGUGGUCAGCCACCGCAGCAAAGGACUACCUUUAGACCACCCUGGGUCAAGGAUGGUGGUCCUAAUCCUCUACCCAUGCCCACAGCACCAUGGACCCUUAAUUCUAGAAGGGACUCCAAGUCGAAGGCCGAAGAACCACCGGCUUUCACCAAAGUUACGUUAAAGAGUGUCUCAAAACCAACGGAAUCGGUGCCGGAAACUACCGAAACUGGUCAACAAGGAACACGGAAGCAAAGUAAAAUCACUAUAAUACCGUCUCAACCAAAAAGUGAAAAAAAUCUUAAUGCCGCUGCUCCCACCGCGGCUGCUACUGCUGCUGCUGCUGCUGCUGCUGCAACAACGACGACAAAGACAAAGACAACAAGUAGUACACCUCCGUCAUCAAAGCCACGAGAGAAUGGACGACAGGAGCCAAAUUCGAGGCCGCAACUCGAGCGACAAGUUCGCAUUGAGAGAUCUCGAUCCCGAGGUGACACCGUACCAUUAUCCAAGAGCGAAAGUUCAACUGGUGCCCCAACGUUGUCAAAGAGUUCGUCUAGGGCGGCCAUUCCACCCCCACCCCCACCAAGGCCACCCCCACCACCACCAAGUCGUUCAAUCCUUAAGGAUAUACCGCCAUUGACCGAGAGUCAGGAGAAACAAUUGGAGAUGUUAAAAUCAAGGCCAAGGAAACGUCCCGAUUGGGCGAGCAUGAUGAAGGAGGUUGAAAGUGGUAAACGUUUAAGACACGUCAAAUGCAACGACAGAAGUGCACCCUUGAUCGAGAGGGUUAACAAGGUCACAGCUGAUCCAGCAGGCAAGGCCCACUUCGUAUUCGAGUCAGAAAAGUCAAAUAUGCACAAUCAAUUGCUGAAGCAGAUUCAGCAGGGUGUCAAAUUGAAAAGCGUUAAGACCAAUGACAGAUCCAAACCUAUAUUGGAGGGUCUUAGGAAAUUUAGAAGACAAUUGACGAUAGAGGAACAAAUGCAAAAGGUUGAGGUCGAAGAUGAACCAGAUGAUGUAAUAGACGACGAUGACAUAGACGCAGUCAGGGAUGAUUUGCAAAGUACCAAGCAAAUGCUCGCAAUUGAGCUUAGAAAUAAGGAGGCAUUAGAAAGGGAGAACAAAAGAUUGCAGGCAAGAAUUUUAAAUCUCGAAGCAGAGGUAGAAAGAACGAGAUCGCAAAAGAACGUACAAGAGUAUAAGCAACAAGAGGAAAAAUUAACGGAAUCAUUGAAAGAGGAAGCUCGUGCUGCAAGGAAGGACGUUGAAAGAUUAGAGAAGGAAUAUGCUAAUACGGCUGAGGAAAGGGAUAAGUAUAAAAAUGAAUUGGAGGAAAUGAAAAGGAUCUAUAACAAUUUGGAGAAACGCAUGAAAGCUGGAAUGGCACUGGCUGGUUGUCCAAGCGCAAAAGACGUCGCAAGAAUAGCCUCUCAAAAGAAUAUGGAAAAUAAACAACAGGAUAUGAGUGAAACUGAAGAAGAGUUAGAAGAGGAGGAAGAUGAAAGUACAGAGGAAGAGGAUGAAGAAGAUUCAAAAGCAUCUACGGAGAAACGUUUGCAGAGAGAAAUCAAAUUACUUUCUACCAAAGUAAAGAACUUUAUGGACAAAGCCGUUAAUGCAAGAAAGGAGAGGCACGCAUUGAAGGAACAGAUAAAACAACAACAGAAAUUAUUAAAAGAAGAGAAACGUAAGUUUAAACAUUUGCAAAAGGAAGUCGACAAGAUGGCGAAAUUAAUGGCCGACGCUGAUGGCGACGAUGAAGAGGAAGAAGAAGAGGAUGAAGAAACGGAAUCCGAAGAAUCAGAAUCUGAAGAAUCCGAAGAGGAGGAAGAAUCUGAGAUCGAUGAAAUAGGUCAUACUAUUGAACAAGAGAAAGAUAUUUUACAGAAACGUGUAAAGAGACAUGAAAAUCGAUUGGCCGCUUUAAAAAAAGGUAAUUAUCUUUUAAAGGCACAAGUCGAUAGAUUAAAGGACGAUUUGGCCAAACAACGAGAAGAAAGUAUUACGUUGCAAGAAGAUUUGGAUUCGGUUUUAGCAGAAUUAGGUUAAGUUAUGAUAUAAGUUCAAUAAUAAUAAUUAACUCUUUGAUUGCGACGCUUCUUCCGAUCUUAAAUUAUUAUUAAGAUAUUGUGCGACGUAAUAUUCACCGAGGAGCGUGUGUGUUACAUAUACAUAUAUAUAUAUAUAUAUACAUACGUAUGUAUAUAUAUAUACAUUCAUUCAAAGGGUUAAUAAGUACAAAACGAUUGUAUACAUUAAACAUAGUGAAUCUUAUGAAUGAUAAAAAAGAAAAAUAAUAAGGAAACCACUUUCGUGA